UGAUAAGCAGCAGCGCCAGAGGUGACUGAAGUGGCAGGAGGAACGUAAUGGCCAAAUCGUCUAGAGUGAUGGUGGUGGUGAUGGUGGUGGCGAUGACGGUGGCAAUGAUGGCUACGGAGGCAAUGGCAGGUCACGGGGCCGCUCCCUCGCCCACGUGUCCGUGUCAGCUGGGGUCACCGCGGGGUCACGCGGCCGUCCCGUCUCGCUUCAACCUCAGCAAGAUUCGACGCGCGCGCGUCACGUGUCCCAGCGCGGGCUGCCCCCUGCAGAUAGUGGCCACGCUGCAGACCCGGCAGACCGUCUGCCUGGACCCAUUCUCGCCUCGCAUUCAGAGACUCAUCCGCUCCCGCAAGAAUCUGCCCGCGUGCGCCAUCCGCGCGAUGACGUCAUCGAGGAGUUAGGCUGGGUGGGGGUGGAGGGCGGGGCGAGCGGGGCGUGACGUCACAUGAGCAGUGAGGGGCGUCACGUCAGAUGAGGAGCAGUGUGGCGUCAUGUCCCAGGCGGAGGGAGCAGUGGGCGUGACGUCACAGGAGAAAAUGGCGCAGUGAGGCGUGACGUCACAGCGUUGCCGGUUCAAAGCUGUGACGUGCGGGGCGGGAGAGCUGAUUGGACUACUAUAAGAAUGAGAAAUUAAAUAUUUAUUUUAGACUGGAGGAGGAAUCCGAUGAGCUAUAAAGCUCUUUGUUCACAGAUGGGUCCAGGAGGAGAAACACGUAGUCAGAACGUUACAACAACAAACACGGCACUACACAAGCACGAUAGGAGGUGUGCAACCGUAUAGAAAAAUGUAAACAAAGCACUUUACAACAAAGAAAAACACACAAAUAAACCUGCAACUAUUUUUUUUUAUCCCACUGAGCUCUUCCCUUCUUGAGAAAAAGGGUUACGUGGUACUAGGGGUGAAUAUCACCCACUCACCCAUCCAUUCACCCACUCACCCAUCCACGCACCCACUCACCCCUCCACGCACCUACUCACCCCUCCACGCACCCACUCACCCCUCCACGCACCCACUCACCCAUCCAUUCACCGACCUAUCCACUAACUCACCCACCCACUCACUCAUCGACUCACCUACCCAUCCACUAAUUCACCCACCCACUCACUCACCAACCCACUCACUCACCCAAUCAUCCAUCCACUCACCCACCGACUCACUCACCCACCCACUCACCCACUUACCCACUCAUCCACCCACUCACCCACUUACCCACUCACUCACCCACCCACGCACCCAUCCAUUCUUGAGAAAGAAGCGACCUGAGAUUAUACUGCAGUAGCAAUAGGAAUCCCAUGAGCUGUGAAGCUCUUGUUCGCCGACUGGGGGUUGACGUGCAGCCAGGCAGAUGUCCAGUCUCGGCACACGGGGGGCAGAAUGCCGCAACAACAAUCACGAUAGGAAGAGUACAACAAUAUAGGAAGGUAAGAUUAGCUAUAUGCAAAUAAAACUGCAACUGUCGGUGGUGCUAACGUUAGCAAAACCGCCACUUUUUUCAAAUUUUCUUGCUGUGGUUUUCACACCUGAUGAUGAUUGCUUGUGUUGCAAUCGAAACGUCGUGAUAAUUUUAUUGUUUUAUUUUUAUUAUUUCCCUUCUACGUGACUUUACGGAAAGAACCAAGAAUAUGAAAUAAGCUAAAUUAUCUAAAUGCGAGAUGGCCCUCUGUGGAGGAGGAGGCUCCUUGGCAGUCCCAGGUUAGGUGCACCUUGAGGCCACUGGACAGUUGGAGGCAGUCGCCAUCCAACAACAGCGGAGGGAAAGAGGAGCGACGCUCACAACAACGAGCGGAGAUUGGGUGGCUAAAACGCAGCAAGUUGGCACAGUAAGGGGCACAGUUGGUGCAUCGGCCACUCAUCUCAGUCAACCAAUGGCACCUGCUGGGUCUGUCCGUGGCUUCCUUCUGCACCUAGCCUGGCACAGCAGUCAACCCCAUGGCACCUGCUGGGUCUGCCCCGUAGCUUCCUCCUGCACCUAGCCUGGCACAGCAGUCAACCCCAUGGCACCUGCUCGGUCUGCCCCGUAGCUUCCUCCUGCACCUAGCCUGGCACAGCAGUCAACCCCAUGGCACCUGCUGGGUCUGCCCCGUGGCUUCCUCCUGCACCUAGCCUGGCACAGCAGUCAACCCAUGGCACCUGCUGGGUCUGUCCCGUGACCUCCUCCUGCACCUAGCCUGGCACAGCAGUCAGAAGCAGCGAGCCUUCGACACUUCACCUGGCCUCGGAGUGCACCUAGCCUGGCACAAUCGCCGUGGCGACGACGAGUUACGAGGCUAACGCCAUCGUUAGCACAGACCACAACCCCAUCGGCUAGUCCACGCCUCCUUCACCAACAUAAACCACGCCUCUCCAACCUACGCAGCCAAUCCCCAGGCAGACCGCGACCACCGUAAAUUGGUAAGCCCCGCCCUUACAUUAGCAUAACCAACUCCCCUCCCCCAUACGGCCUUCACGUAAGUCAGACCACACCCCCUCCAUAAGCCCCGCCUUCUCAUUAAGAUAGACCACGCCCCCUCCGCUAGCCCCGCCCCGUCAUUAACAUAGACCAGGCCACUUCCGUUAGCCCCGUCUAUCUCAUUAACAUAGACAACGCCCCCUCCGCUAGCCCCGCCCCGUCAUUAAUAUAGACCAGGCCACUUCCGUUAGCCCCGUCUAUCUCAUUAACAUAGACAACGCCCCCUCCGUUAGCCACACCUUCUCAUUAACAUAGACCACGCCCCCUUCCGGCGAGCUCCAUUAAUUUCAGACGCAGUGUGUACUGGCAGUACACACGCAGUAUAGCAACAUUGUACCGACAUUAUACGUACACAGUAUAGACAGUAUACAGUACACGAAGUACUGACAGUAUACGUACAGUAUAUAUACAUUAUCUAAAACUACUGACAGUAUACACAGUAUACACGCUAUGUAUUCAGUAUAGACAGUAUAGAAUACAUAAACUACUGACGGUAUAUAUACAGUAAAUACAGUAUAUGUAUUCACUUUACUUGCUGCACUGCGGUGCGCAGAAUUACACCUGAACCCAUAAUACCUCGCUGUCAUCAUCAGCAACAUCAUCAGCAACAUCAUCGUCAGCAUCAUUAUCAUCAGCACCAUAAUCAUCAACAUCGUCAGCAUCAUCAUCAGCAACAUCUAUGUCAUCAUCAACAUCGUCAGCAUCAUCAUCAGCACCAUCAUCAUCAGCAACAUCUACAUCAUCAUUAUCAGCAAUAUCAACAUCAUCAGCACCAUCAUCAUCAGCAACAUCAUCAACAUCAGCACCAUCAUCGUCACCAUCGUGAUCAUCAUCAUGCUUCACCGCUGGGUCCAUUGUUUGUCUGUGGAACCGUCGGUCAACCCCCCCCCC